AUGGCGAGCUCCGCUGACGAUCGCCUGCAGCUGGCACCCCUCCGAGGGACUCCGGGAGUCCCGCGCUCCUCCGUUGCCUCAUCUCGUGCGCUCCUCCUGCUCAUCGCAGCCGCCCAUCUCCUGCCCUGGGGCUGCCGCGCUGCCGGCCACUCAGAUUCGGCCUUAGAUUCCGCUCUGCCCGCGCGACACGGCUUCAGAGGACGCGGCCUAGCCGACGCGGACUCAAACAGUGAUCCUCCUUCCAGCGCCGAUAACGCCAUUCCCGCCGCGAUUAGCGGCACGCGGAGCGCGCUUUUCACCGAUGAGCUCCGCAGAGAGGCAUCGAUUACCGGCCUGUCCACUAAUCGCGUGGACGCCAAAUGCGCCCUUGCACGUCUCAAAUUCGGCGCAAUUUACACGUUUGGCGACUCGCUCUCGGACGUUGGCAACAACAACUACAGCACCUUGGAUAGUUUCUAUCGCGCGGACUUCCCUCCUUAUGGAAUGAACUAUAUCCCCGCUAGUGGGAGGUUCUGCGAUGGCAAACUCGUUAUUGACUAUCUCUCAGAAUAUUUUGAGCUGCCCGCCGCCCCAGCGGCCUUCCAGCCUGGCAUCAACGGCAGUGCCGCCCAAAGCGGGCUCAACUUCGCCAGCUCAGGGGCGGGUGUGCUGGACACCUCCACUCCUGACAAGUCACCUUUUCCAUUCCUGUCUCAUGCAGUGGUCCCAUUCACUUUUUGGCCUAUCCGUUAUCCCCUCUGCUCCUUCCCGGCCCAGUCCUCUUCUCCCCCUCUCGCCAUUGUAUCGAUGGGCACCAAUGAUUAUAUUGCGUUUCUGGAAAAGGGGAUAAACUUGGGCCGUCAGAUCGACCCCUCUCAGCUGCUACGACUGGCUGAGAUUCUUCCGCAGUCGCAGAGCCUGGUCACUGAUGUGGUCAGGGGGAUCACCGACGCUGUGCGGACUCUGUACGCCUCUGGGUUCCGCCAUUUCCUUCUCUUCGACACGCUCCCAAUCGGCUGCAUCCCCAUCACCCUCGCAACCAUUGCUGAAGCCCGCGGCCAGCUGUUAGACGAGCCAGCUCCCUCGUUUUGCAGCCCUGCAUAG